GGCGCCCGCGCCAAGCUCGGGAGUCCGGGGAAGCCCCGGGUCCGGCUAGGUUCCCUCCCCGCGGCUCUCGCUCUCUCGGACAGCGCAGCGGAGGGAGUGCGGGCGCAGCCUUCGCCCUCAGCCCUCGAGCUCAGCCUCCGCAUCUCUCGCAUCCCUCCUCUCACCUCCCCUUCGCCACCCCCACCUUGUCUCCUCGAGCCGUGGCGACGCGGCUUCUCCCACAACCUGAGCGCCCGCGAGGAUUCCCAGCGCACUUUGUUGCGCCGGGUUCCAGCUUCUCCGGGAUGUCAGUGACAAUGUGAGUGCCUUUUCAUCAGGUGUUUCCUUCUGCGUCUCCACCCUCUCAAAAAUCCAGGGGUGCGGAGAUCUGCGGGCUCUGUGAGGAGCGCGGUGCCAGCCAAGCGACCCAGAAGAAAACUUUGGGAGAUUUAAAAAUUGGGGUUGAUGAAGGCUGCUCCCUCCCGCACCUAAUAAUUCAACUGCUUUUUGAUUUUGUAUUUUAUCCUGAAGAGCUUUUGAAAACAAAACUCAGGAUCGGAUGAAGAUAACGUUCCAAAAUAAUAAUGACUGUAGCCCCCGCCCUUGAGGUGAAGGUUAUUCAGAAGAUUACUUUGAUCAAUAUCUCCAAGUGUUUUGGAAUGCUUAUUAAUGUGGAAUUAGGGUUGAUUUUGUGCAAAGUGUGUGUGUGUGUCCCAAGACAUGCUCGGGAAAGAUAAACAGCAGGGAUUCAAGGGUCUUUUUGCCAGGCCUUUGCCUACUGCCGGGCGAUUCAGAGCGCCUUCAUCGUGUGAUUAAUUUGUUUUCUUAUGGACUUGUGUGCACCCCAACCCCUCCUUGAGUGCGUGCGAUGUCUUUUUAUGAAGUUCAUUUCUUCCGCAACCCUGACCCCUCCUCCCUCCGACAGCAAGGCCGUCGCACCCGAGAACGGGUCAUGCCAACCCUGUCCCAAUGAAUGGAUCACUUCUGGGCGCCCCUGGGCGAGGGGCUGGACUUCGUGACCGAGAGCUAACUUCUGGGGAGCAGCAGGGUCGCGGCAACCCAAGUUCUGGGUUUGCUGUGGGCCACCCAGUGUCAGGUCCCUGCGCGUUUUAUUGCGACCUGCCGGUGGGAACUUUGUCUCCAAGUCGGAGCAGCAUGGAGCGGCGGAGCGAGAGCCCGUGUCUGCGGGACAGCCCCGACCGGCGGAGCGGCAGUCCCGACGUCAAGGGUCCUCCCUCGGCGAAGGUGGCCCGGCUGGAGCAGAACGGCAGCCCCAUGGGAGCCCGCGGGAGGCCCAACGGCGCCGUGGCCAAGGCCGUGGGAGGUUUGAUGAUUCCUGUCUUUUGUGUGGUGGAGCAGUUGGACGGCUCUCUUGAAUAUGACAACAGGGAAGAGCAUGCUGAGUUCGUCCUGGUUCGCAAAGACGUGCUUUUCAGCCAGCUGGUGGAGACUGCGCUCCUGGCCCUGGGCUACUCCCACAGCUCAGCGGCGCAAGCACAAGGAAUAAUCAAGCUGGGGAGGUGGAACCCUCUCCCCCUCAGUUAUGUGACAGAUGCACCCGACGCGACAGUGGCCGACAUGCUGCAAGAUGUCUAUCACGUCGUGACGUUGAAAAUCCAAUUACAAAGUUGUUCGAAGUUGGAAGACUUGCCUGCAGAGCAGUGGAACCAUGCCACGGUCCGCAAUGCCUUAAAGGAAUUGCUUAAAGAGAUGAACCAGAGCACAUUAGCCAAAGAAUGCCCUCUCUCCCAGAGUAUGAUUUCAUCCAUUGUAAAUAGCACAUAUUAUGCCAACGUGUCAGCAACCAAGUGCCAGGAGUUUGGGAGAUGGUAUAAAAAGUACAAGAAAAUUAAAGUGGAAAGAGUGGAACGAGAAAACCUUUCAGACUAUUGUGUUCUGGGCCAGCGUCCAAUGCAUUUACCAAAUAUGAACCAGCUGGCCUCCCUGGGGAAAACCAACGAACAGUCUCCUCAUAGUCAAAUCCACCACAGUACUCCAAUCCGAAACCAAGUGCCCGCAUUACAGCCCAUCAUGAGCCCUGGUCUUCUUUCUCCCCAGCUCAGUCCACAACUUGUCAGGCAACAAAUUGCCAUGGCCCAUCUGAUCAACCAACAGAUUGCCGUUAGCCGGCUUCUGGCUCACCAGCAUCCUCAAGCCAUCAACCAGCAGUUCUUGAACCACCCACCCAUUCCCAGAGCAGUUAAGCCAGAGCCAACCAACUCCUCUGUGGAAGUAUCUCCAGAUAUCUACCAGCAAGUCAGAGAUGAGUUGAAGAGAGCCAGUGUGUCCCAAGCUGUCUUUGCAAGAGUGGCAUUCAAUCGCACACAGGGGUUGUUGUCUGAGAUUCUGCGGAAGGAAGAAGACCCUCGGACAGCAUCUCAGUCUCUUUUAGUAAACCUGAGAGCCAUGCAGAAUUUCCUCAACCUGCCUGAAGUGGAGCGGGACCGCAUAUACCAGGAUGAGAGAGAGCGGAGCAUGAACCCCAAUGUAAGCAUGGUCUCGUCAGCCUCCAGCAGUCCCAGCUCCUCCCGAACCCCUCAGGCCAAAACCUCGACACCGACAACAGACCUCCCCAUUAAGGUGGACGGCGCCAACGUCAACAUCACAGCUGCCAUUUAUGACGAGAUCCAACAGGAGAUGAAAAGGGCCAAGGUGUCUCAAGCCCUGUUUGCCAAAGUGGCUGCAAAUAAAAGUCAGGGCUGGCUGUGUGAACUGCUCCGUUGGAAGGAGAACCCCAGCCCAGAAAACCGCACUCUCUGGGAGAACCUCUGUACCAUCCGUCGUUUCUUGAAUCUUCCCCAGCAUGAGAGGGAUGUGAUUUAUGAAGAGGAAUCAAGGCACCAUCACAGCGAGCGCAUGCAGCACGUGGUUCAGCUUCCCCCGGAGCCAGUGCAGGUCCUUCACAGACAGCAGUCUCAGCCAGCCAAGGAGAGCUCUCCUCCCAGAGAAGAAGCACCCCCACCACCUCCUCCGACCGAAGACAGUUGUGCCAAAAAGCCUCGGUCUCGUACAAAGAUCUCUUUGGAAGCCCUUGGUAUCCUCCAAAGCUUCAUUCAUGAUGUGGGCCUCUACCCUGAUCAGGAAGCUAUCCAUACUCUUUCUGCUCAGCUGGAUCUCCCCAAACACACCAUCAUCAAGUUCUUCCAGAACCAGCGGUACCACGUGAAACAUCAUGGGAAGCUCAAGGAACACCUGGGCUCGGCAGUAGAUGUGGCCGAGUAUAAGGACGAGGAGCUGCUGACGGAGUCAGAAGAGAAUGACAGUGAGGAAGGCUCGGAGGAGAUGUACAAAGUGGAGGCUGAGGAGGAGAAUGCGGAGAAAAGUAAGGCCGCACCCGCUGAAAUUGACCAGAGAUAAUGUGAACUCCAAUCAGGCAAAGCAAUACACCGGUCCAAGGAUUUUCUGUUUUAGUUUCUCUGAAAACUUUUUUUUUUUUUUUUGCCUUAUUUUACUUUUGUCUUUUUUGGUCUUUUUGUUCUCCUUCCUUUUUUUUUUUUUUUUUGACAUUUCUUUGUUGCACAGGAUACACCUGUAGACUGAAUAAGUUCAGUAUUUCCGAAUCAGACAUCGCCUUGGCAAAGACACUAAAGUGUUAUGCUUUACAAUGGACUGGAUCGUAGUCAUUAUAAUCACAGGAGACUCUGCCUUCAUUAUCCUUGCACUUAUGGAAGAGACACCAGGCAAGUUCCCAGAUGAAAAGACCUACGAAAUAAAUGAAGGAAGCUACAAGUGUGUGUGUAUAUGUAUAUGUAUAUAUCUAUAUAUUUACAUAUAUAUAUUAAAUUGCAUGGGACAGAGAACUUUACAAUCCGAAAGAAUAGACUGUGAAAUGAGUUCUUAAAGAAGAGACUUGUUUAUGUAUUAAAAAAAAACAAACCACUUCACAGUGAGUCGCUUUGGCUUUUUGAUAAACUGCGGCCUGCUCUCAGGGUGGGGUGACUUAUUUUUGAAUUCCUAUUUAUUUUCUGUGUUUGUCCCUGAUUUUUUUUUUUUUUAAUUCUAUGGCUUCCUAUCUGGCAGCUUGAUGGGUAAUUUUUGAGGUAUGUAUUUAACUAAAUAAAUCAACACUGCCAAAAAAAGUAAAAGAAAGAAAGAAGAAUAAAGUGGAAAAAAAAUCAGGGCACCUUAAAAUGAUACCAGUCACAUUAAUCUUAAAGACACAAUGCACACUUAAAUGACUCGAUGUGUUCCGUUACUCAACUUGUUGUUACUGUAGUGAACAGGUGCAUUUCUGUGGAAUUCCAAACGAGUGAAGCUGAAAUUCAGUGCAGAGAAAACUCGUUUAUUAGUGCAGCUUCGAUAAAAUGACAUUUUGACAUCAGACAAGUGGAAUUCACAGUAUGAGCCACAUUUUAUUGUGAAAUUUAUUUACCUGCUCGUGGCUUCAGAUCUUAAAAUUAAUAAGCCUGCUCAUUUUAACUUGUUUAUUGUUGCUGUUUUCUUUUACUUUUCUUUUUUUUUUUUAAAUAGAAAAUAGUUCAAUGUAAUGUUAAGUUAGAAAAGAAGUUGCUGCCCAGGUAAAGGGGCUCCUUCUCAAAUAAAUCCCCGUCCCUCCAGCUCCCAAGAGAUGUUUCUCAUUUUUGUUUCACUUUGGGUGUCUUCUUCUUCGUAUACAUUCCAUCCACUUAACCAGACAUUUUUAGUCCUUGCUCUCAUGCACCUCAUCCCUUCCCUGCUAUGGGAGCAGCCCUAACGAAAACCUGUUUUUAAAUCAUUGUGCAGCUCCAAGCAAUAGAGUAAGCAAAGCAAUUUCAGUGGAAUCACCUACUUGUCAUAAACUGAAACAUUUUCCCAGUCACCUACAUAGCAGUUACCUUACGUAAAGCAGAACUAAUGCCAACUGGCUGUUUAAGGGAAUGAGCAUUAAAGCUGCAAUCUACUAUAGUUCUCCCACCGCCUUUAGCUUCCCAUCAGAAACCAUUACUUCCCACUGCUACUUCUAGUCAUUGCAAGAGGAGACCUCACCUUCAGGACUGGCCAAUCGAACCUAACCCAUUCAAGGUGGCCAUCAAACAGUCCCACACAGUUGGAUUUUUUUUAAGAGUUGUGCUCUCAUGCAACCUUGUCAAAGACCUCAUGCAAUAUCACUUUGAAAGUUAUUUUCUGUUUACUACACAAACAUUGUAAUAUAACUGUUAAUACUAUUUAUAUAUUUGAAAGGUAUAAAAGGUCGGAGUUAAAAAAAAAACCUCUAUUUGUAGAUAUUAACUCAGAACUUACGAUAUACAGGGAGAAGACAUGUUGCAAUACAAGCUAAUUCUAGCUGCUCAGUAACCUCUGGAGUUUUUAAAGGGACAUUUUCCUGUACUUUUUCAAAUAAUGAUGUUUAAAAAAUUAUCUUGACACGAGCGUCAUAUACCUUUGCAAAAGGAUGGUGGUUUGCAGUCAAGCCCUGGGCCCAUCCUUCCUAUUUCUGUAGUAUGCUGCAGCUUUAAUCAGAAAGUCCGUGGUUGCUGCUUCCUGAUCUCCGAGUUACUCUUUUCCAAAUUGUCUUCUUACACUGUUGCUGAAGGUCACUCUGUACACCUAAUGGAAACUGAUUUUGCCAAGCUCUUACAAGGUGGUUCAUCUCUCGAUGGCAUCCGCAUUUGGUAUCUUUUACACUUCAACCAAAAAUUUAUUAGGUAUUUUUCAAUGCUAAGUCUUGCCUUUUAUUUUUUAAUUUCACUGCCAAGUUUGCAGUGGUUCUAAGUGAAUCUGUGGGCAUUUUAGCCUGUGGUCUUGCCAGAUCUUUGCGAAUUACAAUGCAUAUAUGUCUAUUUAUUCAAUAUCUGUCAUAUAAUAUCUAUUUGGAAGAAGAAACUUUCUCUUGUAGUGCCUCUUGACAAAGCACAAUUUCCCGCCCCACCCCUUUUUUUUUUUUGUGAAAUGAAAAAACAAAUUGUGUUUUAUUGCGGUAUCAACAAUGUGAAUAAGGAUUAACAUAUUGUAAAUGUUCUUUUUUCCAUGUAAAUCAACUAUCUUUGUUAUCACUAAGUGAUAAUUAAUUUUUAACUUAUGUGCAUUGUUAGGCUGUUAGAAUUUUUUGGUUGUUAAAAUAAAACGCAUUCAAAAAAUA